AUGCGGGAGGUCGACCAUAUCGAGCAGCUGGUUGGUAAGUUGCUGCUACUGGUGACUCCAUUGGAAGACCGUAGGCUCCACACGGAUCUGCACAACUUCACCCACCAGCUGAGCUGCGACCGAAUCAGCUACAGUGCUGCCGCACUCUUCCACAUUGACAGGUCACUGCUGACGAGUUGCAUCGCCGCCAUCGCCAUCUCCAUCUACCUCGUCAUUCUCGUCGAGUUCGGUCUGCCCAGUCUCACAACAUCUGUAAACAAUGCCUAUGGUGUGCCAAAUCUAUCAGAAAUUUCCAGUUAUUUUGUAUGUAUUGUAAUGAACAUGUACUUCUUUGUAAUCUAUUUGUUUGACAUAGAUAGUACUCUGCAAGGCCCACAGAAAACACACACAUUACUUAGUUUGUCACUAUGGACUGGCCUGAUGGUUCUUCGCUUGGUGAUAUUAGCCUACAGCAGCGAGAUGGUCGUUCAGGAAGCUAGCCGCACACAGCGGCUGGUCACCAAACUUCAGAUGUUACCAGUGCCUGCUAGCAGUGGCUGCCAGGAAGAGCUGCUGCUGUUUGAGGAACAGCUGGCACGCAGUCCACUACACUACAGCGCAGCUGGCUUCUUCGCGCUGGAUUUGUCGUUGCUGAAGAGCUUCGUGGCAGCUGUGACGACCUAUCUGGUCAUUCUCGUCCAGUUCCAAAUCCCUGAUACAAAUAAGGAGUAA